AUGGCAAAACAAAUAUUCAUGCUACUAAUCUGCUUAGUGCAGGCAUCUCUGGUCCUUGGUGGAGCUAUUUUCAGUGACUUGAUGGUUCAUGACGUGCUGAAAUUGGCGAAUGUGACUAACGAUAUAGCACCAGAAAGAGAAGCAUCUACCCUGAAUUGUUCAAAAUACCGACGUGAUUAUGACAUUGUCAAGUCUUUUCCAUUCUCUGUUCAAACCAGUCCACAAGUAACAGCUAACAAAACGUAUGUUCUCAUGGAUACAAACAAUGCUGUCACGGAUUUGACCAUUUACAAGGAGAAAUAUGUUCCCAUGAAUGUCUAUUGCCUGAAAAAUCUGAAGAGCUUAACAAUUGUCAACACAAGAUUUUAUGAAUUUCCCAACGAUGAUCUAGGCGUUCGUGCAAUCCCAGCCGAAAUUGGUGAAUUGAAGUUACUUACUCAAUUACAUAUCUAUGAUAGUCCAGUACAGUAUUUACCGAAAGAAAUUGCAAACUUGAAUGCAUUGACACAACUGACUGUGGAGAAUGGCGCCUUAAAUGAAUUACCUUCUGUAAUUGGUCAAUUGACUCGGUUACAAAUCGUACGAUUACCUAAAAAUAAUUUGAAGAGCUUACCAGCGACAAUAUCAUCACUAGCAUCGUUGAAUACAUUAGAUAUACAAUCGAAUCAGCUAACUACAAUUGACGAAUUGCAAAAUGCGUACAAUUUGAGAACUUUAUAUGCCCAAAAUUGCCAAAUUACAUUUCUUCCUACAAACCUUCCUCAUGUAGACCAUCUCAAUAUGUCACAUAAUAAUUUAGAGGAUUUAUUUGGUAUUGGUACUCUGGGAUAUGGUGUUGGCUACGGUGGCACUUUAAAAUUUUUUGACUUUAGUCAUAACCGUAUUGAAGUCGUGCCGCCAGAAAUUUCAAAAAUUGUUGCCCGAAUACAAGAAUUCUCAGUGAAAAACAAUCAAUUAACACAUUUACCAAAAGAAUUCUUUAAUUUACGUUAUGCGGCUACAACUCGAAUCGAUCUGAGUCUAAAUUGGUUCUCGGACGAGGAACUAGAGUUAAUUAAAACAACGAUGCGAACACUCUUUCCCCAAGCUCAAGUCAUUUAUUGA